AUGGGGAUUCUUCUUCUUCUUCAUGAUGGAAGACUUUCUAUAAUUCUUUCUUUGGUGUUCCUUUUUUGGUUAUUACCAAAUCUGAGAGGUCAACCUCAACCGCCUAAUUCUUCACCUGGUUCUCAAAUGAUCCUAGACGCACUUCUCCAAGACUAUGCAUAUCAAGCACUUGUUCAUCCAAAAACCGGCAUUGCUUAUGAAGGGACAGUUCCAUCUAAUUUGACCGGGAUUCAAGUAUCAGGAAUGAGGGUUAGGCGUGGUAGCCUAAGAGCCAGAGGUAUAAAAACAUACAAAGAGUUUGAAAUUCCAAUGGGUCUUAUCGUGCAGCCAAAUGUGGAGAGGCUUGUUUUGGUUUACCAAAACUUAGGCAAUUGGUCUGCCUCAUACUAUUCAUUAUCAGGCUACACUAACUUGACUCCGGUUCUUGGCCUACUCUCUUACGAUGCUUCCAAUUUAUCUGCCAAGAACUUACCUGAAUUGAAUCUCAUGGCAGCUGGUCAACAACCCAUCACUAUAAGAUUCUCAGAGGUGGGAUCUGUUCCACAAGGAUCUGUUUCCAUGUGCGUUUGGUUUGAUUUACAAGGCUUAGUGACUUUCAGCAAUGUCGUUUCAGGCGGUUGUGUAUUGUUAGUUUUGACGGCGUCUAUGGGUGUAUGGGUUAGAAAUUACAGAAGGAAGAAGAAAAUGAGAGGGAUGGAGAGAGCAGCUGAAGUAGGGGAAUCGUUGAGUAUGAAGACGGUUGGGAAUGUAAAAGCUCCAGCUGCAAUGGGUACACGAACUCAACCUGCAAUUGAGCAUGAAGCUUACCCUUCUUAA